AUGAGCAAAGACCGCGGUGAAAUACCUCCUGUUGGGCCUGAAGCCGCCUCAGCACCACCGCCAGUUGAUCGUGAACAGCUGAUUAGCAAUGCACCUUUUCAUCCAGCAACUGAUUCCCCUCGCACCAAACAAGCCAAAGACUCGGUCAACAAGCUCGAGCAGCUGAAGAGUUGGGAUGGUCUUCAAUUUUACCACAGCAAGCUUUGCACCCCGGACCAUUCCGGCUUCGCCUUUAAUGCCACUCACUUCGCUGAUUACAUUUGGGCAUCGCAGACCGAAUUAAAAGACAUCAUACCUGAUUUCAACAGUAUGACAGACAAAUUGUGCCUAGAAAUGGGGGUUCGCAACGUCUAUUCGAAUCUCGCCGCGGAAAUUACCGCCAACAGAACUGUGGACGAGGGAGGCACUAUCGCUUGUGCUUGUUCACGUUGCAGAUUCCCUGACCACCCCUAUGCUAAGCCCACAAGACCUCGAUGCCAACUUUCGUUUCUCAGCCGAAUUUGGACGUGA